UCUGUUACGGUGCGGUGGAAGGCCAAAACCAGUUUAUUUCUGAUAACAGCCAGCCCAAGAAAUUUGGGUCAGGCACGCAGAAGUUUUAAGUUUCUAUGUUAUCUACUCAUGAUUUUCAAUUCCCUCCCGUGGCACCAAACCAACCUUUGAAGUUGAACUGACUGAAUUCCUUGCUUUCCCAGGAAACAAACACACUGAACAAAUGGACUCCCUCAAGUUUACCUUCCUCUCCAGCACAAACCAUCUCUACCCUUCAUUUCCCCUUCCAAAACUACCCUCAAAAAAGCUCAAAAUCCCCAUACACUCCUCAAUCCGCCGGGACCAAUUUUCUCUCAGCGACGGCGACCCAGCAAAACCGAAACCCAAAUCCAAAAACCCCAAAAACCCCCUCUCCGACGACAACGCGCGUCGAAUCAUAAAAAAGAAGGCCCAAUAUUUGAGCGCGUUGAGGCGUAACCAAGGGUCACGAGCCAUGACUCCGAAAUGGAUAAAGAGAACCCCUGAGCAGAUGGUGAAGUAUUUGGAAGAUGAGAGGAAUGGGGAGUUGUAUGGAAAGCAUGUCGUGGCGGCGAUAAAGGCGGUGAGAGGGAUGGCAGGGAGGAGAGAAGGGGAAGUUGAUGUGAGGAGGGUGAUGGGGAGUUUUGUGGGGAAGUUGAGCUUUAGGGAAAUGUGUGUGGUUUUGAAAGAACAGAAGAAUUGGAAUCAGGUUAGGGAUUUCUUUGCUUGGAUGAAGUUGCAGUUGUGCUAUCGCCCAAGUGUUAUUGUUUAUACAAUUGUUUUGCGAGCUUAUGGACAAGUUGGGAAAAUCAAACUGGCUGAACAGACCUUCUUGGAGAUGCUUGAAGCGGGAUGUGAACCUGAUGAAGUAGCUUGUGGUACCAUGUUGUGUACAUAUGCUAGAUGGGGACGUCAUAAGGCUAUGUUGUCCUUAUAUUCUGCUGUGCAAGAAAGGGGAAUCACACUUUCAACUGCUGUUUACAAUUUUAUGCUGUCUUCUUUGCAAAAGAAAUCACUCCAUGAAAAGGUCAUAGAUUUAUGGAGGCAGAUGGUAAAUAAAGGGGUGGCACCUAAUAGGUUCAGUUAUACAGUAGUAAUCAACUCACUUGUUAAAGGGGACCUUUGUGAAGAGGCUUUCAAGGCUUUUGAUGAGAUGAAGAAACAUGACUUUGUCCCCGAGGAAGCAACUUAUAGCCUGCUUAUUAGUUCGCACACUAAAGAUGGUAACUGGCAGGAGGCACUAAGAUUAUAUGAAGACAUGAGAUCCAGGGGAAUAGUUCCAAGCAACUACACAUGUGCAUCACUUUUAACUUUAUAUUAUAAGAAUGAAGAUUAUUCAAAAGCUCUAUCUCUUUUUACUGAGAUGGAAAGAAAUAAAAUUAGAGUUGAUGAAGUUAUAUAUGGUUUGCUCAUUAGAAUAUACGGCAAACUUGGGCUUUAUGAGGAUGCUGCAAGAACAUUUGAAGAGAUUGAUCGGCUUGGCCUACUUAGUGAUGAGAAAACAUAUCUAGCAAUGGCGCAAGUCCAUCUUAAUGCAGGAAAUGCUGAGAAGGCUUUGGAUAUUAUUCAAAUAAUGAAGUCUAGAGACAUUUGGUUCUCAAGAUUUGCUUAUAUAGUUUCAUUGCAAUGUUAUGUCAUGAGUGAAGAUCUGGAUUCUGCUGAAGUAACAUUUCAGGCUCUAGCUAAGACUGGACUUCCUGAUUCUGGUUCUUGCAAUGACAUGCUCAGAUUGUAUAUUAGACUCAACUUGACAGAAAGGGCCAAGAAAUUUAUUGUCCAGAUAAGGAAAGAUCAAGUAGUUUUUGAUGAGGAGCUUUACAGGACAGUUGUAAGAAUAUAUUGCAAGGAGGGAAUGCUAGAAGACAUCGAGAGAUUGACAAAAGAGAUGGGUGCUAAUGAUUCAUACAAAGAUAACAAGUUUAUUCAAACAAUUUUUAAAGCUAUGUGUGGAGAAUACCUGGGACAUCAGAAAGUUAAAGGCAAUGUGGCCUCUGACCAACUUGACACCUCAGCUCUUGGAUAUUUACUUAGGCUCUAUUUGGAAUGUAAGGAUUUCAGGAAAAUAGAAGAAAUAUUGAAGUUGUUGCUUGAGACUGCGGGUAGCAUGUCUGUAUUAACUCAACUUGUUAGCAACUUUAUGAAAGAAGGUGAUAUAUCCAAAGUGAAAGCUCUUAAUGGUCAAGUGGUCAAGCUAUGUUGCAGUGUGGAUGAUGCAACAAUUGCGUCUAUGAUUGGUCUAUAUGGGAAGGAACAGAUGCUACAACAGGCCCAAGACAUCUUCACUGCAGCCAUGGAUUCUCCCAAUUGUGGGAACUUGAUAUAUAACUCAAUGAUUGAUGCAUAUGUUAAAUGUGGUAAACCUGAGGCAGCAUAUUCACUGUACAAAGAAGCAAUCAAGAAAGGGCAUGAUCUGGGAGCUGUUGCCAUCAGCAAAGUUGUCAACUCUUUGACUAAUUUUGGAAAAUAUCAGGAGGCGGAAGAGAUGAUACGAUUGAAUUUUCAGGACAAUUUGGUACUUGAUACUGUAGCAUACAAUACAUUUAUCAAGGCAAUGCUAGAAGCAGGUAAAUUACAUUUUGCAACCAGCAUUUAUGAGCGUAUGCUUUCCAUGGGAGUUCCUCCAUCAAUUCAGACAUUUAACACAUUGAUUAGUGUGUAUGGACGAGGUUGCAAGCUGGAGAAGGCAGUGGAGAUGUUCAACAUGGCUCACAGCUUGGGCAUGACUCUGGACGAGAAGGCAUACGUGAAUCUUAUUUGCUAUUAUGGGAAGGCUGGUAAGAGGGAUGAAGCUUCCUCAUUGUUCACUAAAAUGCAAGAAGAAGGGAUAAAACCAGGAGUGGUAGGCUACAAUAUUAUGAUCAAUAUAUAUGCUAGUGCAGGACUAUGUGACGAAGUUGAGAAACUUUUUGAAGCCAUGCAGAGAGAUGGUUUCUCUCCUGACUCCUCCACCUAUCUUUCCCUUGUUCAGGCUUAUACUGAGAGUUUGAGAUAUGCAGAAGCGGAGCAAACUAUAAGUACUAUGAGAAAAAUGGGCAUACCCCCAGCUUGUGCUCAUUUUAAUCAUUUAUUGCAUGCUUUUGCAAAAGUAGGGAUGAUGAGCGAAGCAGACAGAGUUUAUAAGGAACUAAUUGCAACUGGUCUAAGUCCUGACCUGGCAUGUUACCGCACCAUGCUAAGAGGUUACAUUGAUUAUGCAUUGGUUGAAGAAGGCUUAAACUUUUUUGAGCAGAUCAGGGAUACUGCAGAUCCAGAUAGGUUUAUCAUGAGUGCAGCUGUGCAUAUUUACAAGCAUGAGGGAAAGCAACCUGAAGCUAGAAGUGUUCGUGAUUCCAUGAAUAAUUUAGGGAUCCCAUUUUUGGAAAACCUCAAAGUUGGAUCCAAGAUGAAAACCUCUUGAUUUUUAAUGUGUAUGACAUUUGUCUCUGUGCUGACUCGAAAGGAAUGAAUUCUGGCCUCGACAUUGUUGCCCAAUAUUGAGUAAGGAAUUGAAAUAUGGCUUGAAGAAGUGAGCUAAAAGAAUGACUUUGCAUCAUUCUGGACUAAUUGAGGCUGAGAUCACAUCUUAUCAUUUCCUUGUGACAACUAUAAUUGGCAUGGAAGUUGAAAUCUCAGCCAUAAUUGAACAGCAACAAACAAUGGUAAUCUGCUCCUUUGAACUGCCAAGUGUUGUAAGUCUUGAAGAUAUGGUGAGGAUGUUAUUCUACUUUUGUUGUAAAUAAAACAAAAUCAAGAUUUUUAUGUGCUUGAAUAUUUAUCUUUUCAAUUGGUUGAUUAACAUGAGUUUUUCUUAUAUGUGGGUUUGAUAUUUCUUUCUUUCUAUUGAUUAUUUACUUUCUUUUCUUGUCCCCCUUCCUGUUAUGUUGAUGAUUGUUCCUUUUGUCCUUCAACAGAGGGAACAUUUCUGGUUGGUGAUGUUAGCAAAGUAAGGUAAAGAGAUUAAAGUAAUAAAGGGGAAAGCAUAAAGUAUUGCACAGACUCUUAUAUAACAAUGUUCAAAAACUAACUUUGAUGGAGUCAUAUAACAAUGCUUUAUGCUUUAUGAUGUUCAAGAACAUCAUCCUCAAGUUGUAAGUCAUAUUUGUUUAAUAGUGAUCUUAAGUUCAAUGUCUUUGAUUUUGUUGUUAUGCCAUCCAUGUAUGUUACCUCUUGCAUUGCCUGCUUGAUUUUCCUCUCCUUCAAAUUAAUUGAAUUUUAUUUCUUGCCUAAGAAAAGGAUGGUGCUAAUGAAGCAUGAAAUUGUUUGUACUACUAGCUUUAUGAUACUCUUGCAUGUUGCUUUAAGUUAGAUGUGGUAAUUUUAAAAACAAUAUGGUUAAAUGAUAUGAAAACCAUAUACAAAAAAAA